AUGCCAAAUCGCGCUCUUCGGGGAGAUGGAGCUGCCAAUAAUUCCAGUGGUUUUAGUGCCUUCAGACAGUCAUUGCACUUGCACCCGCACCAACAAACCAUUCCCAGCUCAAUUCCCCCAGAGCUUUUACAGAAAAAGGUGAUGAAAUCACCAUCGCUCAGCGAGAAGGUUGCUUUCUUCAACCAGCUUGAUGCUCUUGACAAUGUGAGCGAUGGAGACGACGAGGUUGAUGAGAAGGAGCAAGAUCACCGAAACAAGUGCUGGGCCUUUUUCAGUUCCCGAAAACGAAACAAUCCUGGACCAGUUCAAGAAACCCAAGAAAAAGGAAAGCCCAAGGCCCCUUCCCACCAGCGAAGAACGGCAUCGAUGCCUACCCCGGCUGGAGCUACGCCAGGCUCCCGGGUCAUUGAAGCUACUCCUGCAACUCACAACAUGAAGACGAGACAGGCUGCGGGGCUUGGAGAGUUCCUCACAAACACUACUUCGUUCGUCGAAGAGACACCAGUCCCAGACACCACUCGCCCACUCCCCGCAACACUUCGGAGGAGUGCAACUCUCCCACCUAAUUCUUCGUCAACGAUGGAGCAGUCACCCUCGGCAAGCACCGCAUUGAGAAAGCGGAAGCGGCAGUCAUCAACCAAGUCGAUACCCGAAGCCGCUCAGGUGUUCAGGGGCCUCUCAUUCUAUUACAUUCCCAAUAACGACAUCGCCCCUGCAAGAAAGUUACGCAUCGGCAAGGCUCAGGACUACGGUGCCCGAUGGGUGCGGAACCUGGAAGACGCCAGCCACACCAUCGUCGACAAGUACCUGGAAUACAAAGACAUCAAGAGUGUGCUUGGCUCUGAGGUUCCGAGCUCUCUGGUGAUUGUCAACGAGGACUAUCCCAUCGACUGCAUCUCCUUCCGCACACUACUUAACCCAGACCAAAAUCGGUACAGGGUCGCAGGCUGCCCUGAGAAAAAAGACCAACUUGCCCCUGACAAGGCCCCGUCCAGCCCAUCCCGGAGCCCCGAUCACUCGUUACAAGUCAAACCACCUCGGACAUCAAGUAGACGAGACUCGGCAGACACACCGCCCGAAAAUGGACCAGCGCCUCUCCACGGUGAUGCCCAAAUCUCACGAAGAGGACCAGAAAACCAGACUUUGGGGGGCAUCGCGGGGAGUCCGUCGGAGGCACACGCUGGCCAGGUUCGUCCGGCGAUACAAGAUAACGGGUCAAUAGAAAAAGCCCCGCCUCCCCCUCCCCCUGGUCGAACAUCGAGCACCAAUGACGAGUUGUCGGAGUGUAUCGAACUCCUCCAACAAUAUAAGGACCUCCCACUCGACACAGAAGAGGACGAUCUCCAGUCCGCCAAGGAUGCUCACGAAGCAGACUCAAACUCGGAAAUCGAAGAACGGUCAGAGGACGAGCGAGCCCGGAAGAGAACCGCCACAACACACCGCAAAGGCCAAAAGAACAUCCCCUUCGAAGAGCGCUUCGCCUGCAACCGCGGCGGAACCAAAGACCAGACCACCGACGCGAACAACCCCAACGCCAAAACCAUCGAAAUCCUCCAAAGCAUGUGCGACUACUACACCCGCACCAACGACACCUGGCGCAUCAUGGCCUACCGCAAAGCCAUCGCCACCCUCCAGCGCCAACCCACCAAGAUCACCACCGCCGCCGAAGCCGCCCUCCUCCCCAACAUCGGCCCGCGCCUCGCCGCCAAAAUCCAAGAAAUCGCCACCACCAACCGCCUGCGCCGCCUCGACUACACCCACGACUCCCCCCUCGACCAGGCCCUCGCGCUCUUCCUCGGCGUCUACGGCGCCGGCUCCGCCCGCGCCCACCGCUGGAUCGCCCAGGGCCACCGCUCCCUCGCCGACCUCCUCGCCCCCAACAGCUCCGCCGACCUCACCCCGCACCAGCGCCUCGGCGUCGAGCGCUACGCCGACCUCAACGCCCGCAUCCCGCGCGCCGAGGUGGGCAAGCUGUUUGCGUACGUGCAGCGCGAGGCCGCGGCGAUCGAUCCCGGCGUGGAGGUGCUGGUCGGGGGCAGUUAUCGCCGCGGGGCGGACAGCUCGGGGGAUGUGGAUGUUAUUGUCACGAGGAGGGGCACGGUCCGCGCGUUGGAGCUGGUGCCGUUCUUGGAGGAGCUGGUGCAGGUGCUGACGCGGAAGGGGUUCCUGGUGGCGACGCUUGCCGCGCUGCAUGCCAAUCGUGCGGGGCAAGAUGGGCCCGGCGGUAAAUGGCAUGGGUGUUGUGUGCUUCCUCCGGACGAGGAGAGAGCCGACACCAACGCUGAUGCUGACGCUGGCGGUGGCAGCGGUAGUGGCAGCGGUAGUGGCGUGCCACAAAAGGAGCCGAUCUGGCGACGGAUCGACUUCCUGCUGGUUCCGGAGGCCGAGUACGGGGCGGCACUGAUCUACUUCACGGGCAACGACAUCUUCAACCGCAGCCUGCGGCUGCUGGCGUCCAAGAAGGGCAUGCGGCUGAACCAGCGGGGGCUGUACAAGGAGGUGCUGCGCGGCAAGAACAGGGCCAAGAUCACCGAGGGCCAGCUGUUGGAGGGCAGGGAUGAGAAGCGGAUUUUUGAGCUACUCGGCGUCAAGUGGCGCGAGCCGUGGGAGCGGUGGUGCUGA